CCGCAGCGCCGCCGCUUCGCCGCUGGCGCCGGGUCCGCGGAGGGCGGAGGCAUGCCCAGGAGGAGCAUCGCGGAGGUGAAGGUGCUGGACGUGCAGAAGCGGCGCAUCCCCAACAAGCACUAUGUGUACAUUAUCAAAGUCACCUGGUCCAGUGGGUCCACUGAAGUCAUAUACCGACGGUACAGCAAGUUCUUUGACUUGCAGAUGCAAAUGCUGGACAAGUUUCCAAUGGAAGGAGGUCAGAAGGACCCCAAGCAACGAAUCAUCCCCUUUCUGCCAGGGAAGAUCCUCUUCCGCCGAAGUCACAUCCGAGAUGUUGCUGUCAAGCGUCUGAUACCUAUCGAUGAAUACUGCAAGGCUCUGAUCCAGCUGCCUCCCUACAUCUCUCAGUGUGAGGAGGUUCUUCAGUUCUUUGAGACAAGACCUGACGACUUGACUCCCCCCAAAGAAGAACCCAUUGGAAAGAAGAAGUCUGGGUUUAUCCAGAGAACGGCUUCUUUCCUUCAGAGAGGAGCUGAUUCAGCGUCAGUCGAUCCCUUGGUGCUGGAGCAGUAUGUCGUGGUGGCGGACUACCAGAAGCAGGAGAGCUCCGAGAUCAGCUUGUGCGUGGGCCAGGUGGUGGAUAUCAUUGAGAAGAACGAAUCAGGCUGGUGGUUUGUGAGCACAUCAGAAGAGCAAGGCUGGGUGCCAGCGACCUGUCUGGAAGCUCAGGAUGGCGUCCAGGAGGAAUUCUCUAUGCAGCCUGAUGAAGUCCCAUGGAGAUACUGGUCUCUGCCCAGGCACAUUGGCCGCCGUCGGACUCUUGGGGACUUGUACACCAGUGGAUGGGGUCCAGAGGAGAAGUACACGGUUAUUUACCCCUACAUUGCAAGAGACCAGGAUGAAAUAAACCUGGAUAAAGGGGCUGUGGUGGUGGUGAUCCAGAAGAACCUGGAAGGCUGGUGGAAAAUCAGGUACCAGGGCCAAGAAGGCUGGGCCCCGGCCUCCUAUCUCAAAAAGGGGAACGGAGAACUGUUUUCACAGAAGCUGGGGUCAGGCUCCUCCGCUCAUUCAUGUGCCUUGGAUCUGGAUGGCAUCUCCCGGCAGCAGAACGCAGCAAGCCGAGAGAAGGACGGGCUUGCCAGCCAGAGAGAUGGGAGAUUUGACAGCCGUCCCCUGCCUAAUGCUGACAUUCGACGCAAGUCUCCAAAGAUGAGGCAGAGACCCCCUCCUCGUAGAGAUCUCACCAUACCACGUGGUUUGAACCUGCCUAAACCUCCUGUCCCUCCUCAAGUGGAAGAGGAGUAUUAUACCAUAGCUGACUUCCAGACCACCAUCCCAGAUGGCAUCAGCUUCCAGGCAGGAAUGAAAGUAGAGGUUAUUGAGAAGAACUUGAGUGGCUGGUGGUACAUUCAGAUUGAGGAAAAGGAAGGCUGGGCUCCUGCUACUUUUAUUGAUAAAUACAAGAAAACUAGCAAUGCAUCCAGACCAAACUUCCUGGCUCCAUUACCCAAUGAAAUGGCCCAGCUCCGGGUUGCUGAUGCCGCAGUGGAAAAUAGUGCCAAUGAAGAAGCCACUGGACCGUGCAGGCCACUGCCAGAGGCUCCUCCAAAUGGUAUGGACUGUGGUAUGAAGUGGGCCAAAGACUGGAAAGGGAAAGAGGCUGCUGAGAGUGCAGAUAUAGCCUUCACCUCUGGGUAUGAGGAGAUCUCAGACCGUGAUGUGGAGGAGAAGCCCAGCCUGCCACCCAGGAAGGAAUCAAUCAUUAAAUCAGAAGGCGAGUUAAUGGAGAGGCAGAGGCCUCCUCCCAAGCCUCCAGGCAUGAUUUUGCCCAUGAUCCCACCGAAGCAGGCAGCAGCCCCAAAGGACAACAAAAAGCCAGAGCUGAAAACGGAGAAAGGCAAACUGUUCCAACUGAAAAACGAAAUGGGACUGGAAUGUGGACACAAGGUGUCGGCCAAGGAAGUAAAGAAGCCAAAUCUCCGACCUAUUGUCAAGCCAACCAAGCCAAAAACUGAGCCCUUGGAGGACAAGCCUGAGCCACUUACCCAGAAUCCUUUCUUGAAAUCAAGACCUCAGAUCAGGCCAAAACCUGCUGCUGCUCCCCGGGCUGACCCACCUCCAGCUGAUGAUAAACUGGACAUUUGUAGCCUGCGAAGCAAGCUUAGACCUGCAAAGUGCCAAGAGAAACCCUCUGAGCAGGAUACCGCUGCCAGUGAAAACUCCUUCAGUAAUACCACGAUCCCCUCGGAGACUUCUGGAAGGUUUCAGGAGCGACCAAGUGUGGAGAGCAAGCCUUUGCCUAAACUGGACAGCCAAAUCUCAAAAGAAGCACUGCCCAAAUGUCCUCUGGGCCCAGCAAAGAUAGCUCACCCUGAGCCAAAGAGUGACUACCCAACUCCUAGGGAGCCCCCGCCUCAGCGGCCUGUUGUACCACCUCGUAGACCACCACCCCCCAAAAAAACAGCAUGUCCUGCCUCUGGCCCCAUGUCAGAGGUGAAAACCCCAGCACGGGAAGCGCCUGAAAUCAGAUCUUCCGCUGUACCUGGCAGGCCCAUGCUGGUUCCACCGAAAGCGAAACCGUUCCUGUCUGCUUCAAGCCAAGAUGAAACCAAAGUGAAAAGCAGCUUAGUCCCAAAGGUAAUAUCCAAACCAGUGGAGAGAGGGGAAGCCAAGGAGAAGACCUCUGUCCCCUUCUCCAAUCUGGACAUCUCCAAGGAAGCUCUCUACGUGGCAGUGGCAGAUUUUGAAGGUGAUGAGGAGACCAACAGCUUUAAAGAAGGGACUUUAUUUGAAGUUCGUGAGAAGAACAGCAGUGGCUGGUGGUUUUGCAAGGUCCUGACUGGUGGGCCUUGUUGGGAGGGCUGGAUCCCUUCCAAUUAUCUAAGAAAGAAGCCAUAGUCUGUCCUCUGUUUACAUGGUUGCAGGUUCCUUGUUCUCUCACCUGAGUAUUUAAAUAGCUUAUUAAUUUAUAGCUUGCCAUAAGACUGGCUUUAAAAACAAAAAAAAAAAAAAAAAAAAAAAAGAAAGUAAAGAGAGCUACCUUACAUUCCAAUUUGUCCCCUUCUGAGGUAGCAUGCAAGAAGCAGGCUCAACACAUGCAGCUAGGCCUCUGGUCUGUGUGCCCUCACCCUCCCUCCUCCCCACAUCCCUGGAAAUACUUCUCUCCUUUUGCCGUGUACAACAGCCCAGCCAUGUAGUGCUGUUCUGAACAAGCUUCAUGGCAUACAGUGGCUAAGAUGGUUCUCCCUGCUGGGGAGGACAUUAAUAUCUUGAUAGGCAUUUUUGCCACCUGUACAGGGAAUUCGAAGGAAAUAUAGCAGGAGGCAGGUCGAGGAAAUGAAGCUUGGCCUGAUAGCAGUGAAGGAAGUCUGUAUUCACAAAAUGAUUUGCUUCUCCCUGAGACUCAGGGUCAUGGUUAAAUGUUAUACAUCAUAUUGCUUAGUUCAGGUGUGUAGCAGAGUCACAGGAAACAAGAAAAUAAGGAGAAAUGAUUGUUCAGAGCCAGGUCCCUAUAGCUCUGUGUGCACGUACAAGCACAUAUGUACGUUGGAGGUCAGCAGUUAUGCUCUAGUUAAGGUCUGUGCCUUGCUUCCCCACUGCGCAUGCCAUAAGAAAGGUCCUUCUCUGUUCUGUAAUGACAAGUGUUAAUUUAAACAUCUUCCUCUUGGGAAAAACACACACGCGCACACACACACACACACACACACACACACUACAGGUCCUCUCUGUGCUCAUCCAGGGCUCUAUGCAGACUUAUACCUUGUAGUGUUACAACCAAAUGAGGUAUUUUGCUUCAGUAGCUGAAGAAUACUAUGCAAUGCGCAGAGGACUGGAGUGACCCUAUAAGCCCUGGAAAGAUGAUGCUUUGCUUUCCUUCCAAUGCAGACUGUACUGCCUGUUGGACUAACCGGGGACGGACUGUUCCCGUGACCCACCGAGCUUCCCAGGGCUGGCAGGCAGCAGCCAGAGGUGGGUCCUUUAGUAGGUGCUGAUAUUAUGAAGUGCAAUCCAGAACGUGGGAGUUCAGCUCCUCAUGACAGCCAGUUGUGAGGUGUGUCUGGUGCUCAGGUGUUCUCUGUCUCUCUGGUUAAAUUCACUUCCUAAUGCUUUCUUAUUUUACUUUUCUUCAUUCUGCUGAGGGGAAGGGAAUAGCAUGGAAGAAUACAAACUUCUAGUUGACUCCAUCUUCCUGACCGUGCUGGUUUGUUAAAUUUUCUGAGAUGCCUUGUUUGUCUCCCCAUCUGUCUGUCUUCCUGUACUCUAAAUACUUUCAUUACAUCCUGUGUGUUAGUCUGCUUGGGGGCUUCAAGUCAAACUGCACCUGUUUUUUUUUUCCAUGAAACUCCUACCUGCCAAGCAUAAUCUUGCAACAUUUAUCCAGGCUUGCAGCAUUUAUCCCAGCAGGAAGACAAAUGUAGUGUGCCCAGCUGUCAUUCCCUUGUGCUCCAUCUUCCUGUCUGCACUUGGCUACUUGCAGAUUCAGAACAACAUUUCUCUAUCUGAAGAGCUUUAAACCCAGCACUUCUGUGGGUUUAUUGUUGACCAAGUCCAUCUGCCCUGUCUGUUCUAAUUGCAGCUGUAAGUGCUGUUUUGCUGCUGAAAACAGUUAUAGUUUUCCCUCUAAUUUGAGGCUGGCAGAAUGGAAGACACUGCGUGCUGUAGGAGUAUUGUCCACUUCCCUGAACAUUUGCUUCCAUCUUACUUUUUCUUUCGUGAAAACAUGUGGUUAAAGAUAUCUCUGUCUAUGUACAGAAUGAAAAUGGUCAUUUUGAGAAGGUGAUGGGGGCAGUUUGUCCCAGCCCCUGUUUUGACCAAACAGAGAAGCCAUCCUAGUUCAUUUUAGUAUCCGGAAGCCCCACGGUUCAUUUUUAGCCAUGGGAAUUCAUGCACCCAGGUCUCUGGCUGAUUCUUCUGCCUCCUACCUACAGUUUUCUCUGAUCGCACGUUAGGGCUGACUCACCUGAUCUGGCAAUAAGCAAUGUAUUUGCAACAAGAUCCAAUAAGCAAUGUAUUUGCAACAAGAUCCAAUAACAAAGUUACCUAUGUGGCACUUAGAGGUGUUGAUGUGCUCCCAGGAGAGUUGCACAGUGGGUUCAGAGAACAAUACUGCCUUGUCUCUUUGCAUCUCUUGCUCCAUUAAAGCUCUUUUGCUGUGGAAAUGAAGGCAGCCCUUAGGAUGGGUUAAGACAGAGUUGGCCAGCAGUCAAAUUCAGCUCCCGCUUUUACUGAGAAGGAGCCAUGUCCCUCACCCCUCGUCUGCACCAGCUGCUGUUGGUUGUUCCAAACAGCAAGUUGAAGGGGCUAUAUGCCCUUUUCCUGGGACAGUGCUUCCUUGCUCUCUCUUCGCCAAACAGUCUUUUUGGUCUCAGAGGUGUCUGUCUCAUUUCUGCAUCUCAGACCUCAUUGAUCACAAUUUUCCUCACAUGGGACAAUGCUAUUUCUGUUUUUCCAUACUAAAUGAGGACUAUUUCUGUUUUCUUCCCAGACUGAACACUAGAACUGGUAGUGCUUCAUAUUGCUGACACAAGUACUGUAUUUGGCUCAUUGAAAGCGUGACAGGAUUGGUUCCUUGUUCGUCUAAGAACGUAGGCUCAGUUCCCAGCACGUACUGUAUGUGUGGGGUCAUCCUUCACAGGAUCACAGGCACCAGAUGCCUUCCCUGUCCUACUGCUCCUCAGACUGGGGGGUUGCCCCAUGCUGUCUUUGAGGUGGGAACGGACCUUGGUCUGGAACAGUGCAUCCCAGUAAGGAAGAUGCUGAGAACCGUUGUGCUAAUAGAAUUGUUUCCUUCAGCUGUCCAACACUUCUCCCUUUUGCUUGGUAGCUACAUAGGCCCUCUGACACUGAGCAGUGAGGGCUUGCAGCAGGCUCUUAUGCCCUGUGGCAGGAGGUACCUCCUCUCUGUACCUUGCACGUAAAAUGAGGCUAAGUUCACUGACUACCUCAUCAGGAGGAGGAAGGUGGCCUGGGGGCUCGGUUUGCUGGUGUUUGCCAUGCGCUUUGAGAUCUGCAAGGCUCCAGAGGGAAGGGCCACGUGUUUUCCUACAUGUAUUGCCCUCCCUCCCCUCCCACAAUCACCAAAGCACUUGCCCACCACCAGCAAAACCCUUCCCAGGCAGCCCCGAAGCCAGGACUCGCUGUGUGGGGGACAGCACCACGCCUUGUGGCACAAGAGCCGUAUGCCGGGGCGGGGGGGGGGGGGUCCCUUGGCUUGGUGCAUCCCAGGCAGGCUGGAGGCCUCUCGCUGCACCUCGCUCCUUCUUGCAGACUCUAGAAGCCUGUUUGUUUGUCUCUGUCGCUCUAUAUUAUGUAAGCGCGUAUAAGUCUACAUUACCGUGGGCGGGUGGGGGUGUCAACGGAAGAUAGAUGUAGCUGUGUAAAUGCCAUAUCUAUGCUUUAACCAUUAGAGGAUUGAUUUUUUUUUUUUUUAUUUGGUGUUUGUUUUUUAAUAAACAAAAAGAAAAUGCUUGACUGGUUUCAAGCACAAUUGUGAA